AUGGACGAGUGCUUCCUGUUCCCCAAGCAUCUCAGGGAGAAAGUGCAGGUCGUACUCAAGACAGGAGUGGCAGACGCCGGUGCAAGGACGAACGCAAUGGUCAACACAAUCAUCAAGUGCAUAAACAACGUGCUUGUCAUCUCAGACCAAUAUCACAAGUACGGUCCCCACAACGCCGUCGAUGUGCUCGCAGAUCUGCCAGCAAUGACAUAUAUGAGGGAGGAGGAUUAUGAGGCGUACGAGGCGCAGAAAAAUGCCACUUGUGAUGGCGUCGAACUACACCAGGGCCAUGAAGGCUGGAAGAUUGACAAAUACAAGUUCUUGCCAGCAGUGGAGAGGGCGAUCCAGCUCAACCGCAAGGCUGAGUGGUAUAUCUUCCUCGAAUCAGACACGUAUCUCUUCUGGGACAACGUUUACCGCAUGCUGGACAAUUACGAUUCUUCAGUACCACACUACUUCGGCUCGCCGUCUCCUGGGAAGAAGCAUCGCCCCGACUCGAAGUCAGAACACGAAGAGCAGAUCUGGUUCGCAAACGGUGGCUGCGGCUUCAUAUUGUCUACAGCUGCUGCGCACAGACUGGUUGAUCGUCCACACAAUGCCGUCGGUGUUCAAGGGCCUCGACUCACGAUUGAGUACGAAGACGAUAUCAGGAACGAUUGCUGCGGAGACUCCAUUCUCGGAUGGGCCCUCCAUGACAAAGCUGGAGUGGAUAUUAGCGGCUUGUGGCCUAUGUUCAACCCACGCGGGCUUGAAGACGUGCCGUUUGGCAAGGAUUAUUGGUGUGAACCUGUCAUCACCUUGCACAAGACAGACCCACACCAACACGAACGCCCCUUGUUGUACAAAGAUCUCCUUUUCUCAUACCUUGGCAACUUCUCUCAGCGCGACGAUUGGGACGCAGCCUUCGACGCAGGGUUCCAGCUCGACGUGAACUCCACAGUACACUCAAGCCUCGACGCCUGCGAAGCUGGAUGCUUUGCGCACCACGAAUGUCAACAGUACACUUGGCAUGGAGCGCACUGCUAUUACUUGAGGGCACUAUACAUUGGUCGUGCGAAAGAGCCGGACGGUUAUCAUGAGGAAGAGGAUCGAAAGUACGUCAGUGGCUGGGAUAUUAAUAAGAUACAAACAUGGAGUCUGCAGCAUACCUGUGAAGAGGGGCUGCAUUGGGUGAAACCAAGCGUGAAAAGAAUAUACUGAAUGUCUUGAGAUGUUGGCUUGAGGGAUCCGUUGGGAGCUAGGCGAUAACCAUACCUGCACGAUUAUCUACCGUUGAAGUACGGUCUGAGCCUGUCAGUCAUCAGUGGUGAUACUUGACUCGACUUUGGUGGAGUCUCCAAAGCCACUGCUGUUGGUGAGCAUUGCUUACAUUGACUACUGUAUAUUACUCUCUACUCGAAAGACUUUCUACCACAAGCCGCAUCGCUAAGUGGCUUCGGUACAAAGUACUGAUCAGCUACACCUCCUCCGGCAUGCAAACAAUAGUCAAUUUUAGGAGGCUUGGUUUUCACUGGAAGUCAUCGCGUUGCAUUGAAAGCAGAGUUAGCGCAGCAUUGAGCAAACUGUACAGACCUAUAGCCACACAUGUCGUGACUCGUAAGGCACAUCGUAUAUUAAAAUCGCAAUACGCGAAUAGAAAAGUUCGGCUCAAAACAGGAGGAUAGGCACUACUGGUGCGCGGGGACCUCGACGCG